GUGAGCUGGGUGAGUGGAAGCUGCUGCCGGCACCUCCGCCGCGGCCGUGUCAGUAGCCGCCUUCGCCACGCCGGAGCCCUCAGCGAGUGUUUGUUGAGGGUGUAUUAUGUGCUGAGCCUGCGCUGGACGCUGAGGAUGCAAAGCUCCACUGGGGCCAUGUCGGAGCGAGAAGAGCGGCGGUUUGUGGAGAUCCCUCGGGAGUCGGUCCGGCUCAUGGCAGAGAGCACCGGCCUGGAGCUGAGCGACGAGGUGGCGGCCCUGCUUGCAGAGGAUGUGUGCUACCGGCUCCGGGAAGCAACACAGAACAGCUCUCAGUUCAUGAAGCACACCAAGCGGCGGAAGCUGACGGUUGAGGACUUCAACAGGGCCCUCAGGUGGAGCAGCGUGGAGGCUGUCUGUGGUUAUGGCUCCCAGGAGGCCUUGCCUCUGCGCCCAGCCAGGGAGGGUGAGCUCUACUUUCCUGAGGAUCGAGAGGUGAACCUGGUGGAGCUGGCUUUGGCCACCAACAUCCCCAAAGGCUGUGCUGAGACAGCUGUCAGAGUUCAUGUCUCCUACCUGGAUGGCAAAGGGAACCUGGCCCCCCAGGGAUCAGUGCCUAGCGCCGUGUCAUCGCUGACUGAUGACCUGCUCAAGUACUAUCAGCAGGUGACUCGGGCUGUGCUAGGGGAUGAUCCCCAGCUGAUGAAGGUGGCUCUCCAGGACUUGCAGACGAACUCCAAGAUUGCAGCGCUCCUGCCUUACUUUGUUUAUGUGGUCAGUGGGGUGAAAUCUGUCAGCCAUGACCUGGAGCAGCUGCACCGGCUGCUGCAGGUGGCACGGAGCCUGGUCCGGAACCCACACCUCUGCCUGGGGCCCUAUGUCCGCUCCCUGGUGGGCAGCGUCCUCUACUGCGUCCUGGAGCCUCUGGCUGCCUCCAUCAACCCCCUGAAUGACCACUGGACUCUGCGGGACGGGGCUGCUCUCCUGCUCAGCCACAUCUUCUGGACUCAUGGGGACCUUGUAAGUGGCCUCUAUCAGCAGAUCCUGCUCUCCCUGCAGAAGGUUCUGGCAGACCCCGUGCGGCCUUUGUGUUCUCACUAUGGGGCCGUGGUGGGGCUGCAUGCUCUUGGCUGGAAGGCAGUGGAGCGAGUGCUGUACCCACACCUGUCCACUUAUUGGACAAACCUGCAGGCUGUGCUGGACGAUUAUUCGGUGUCCAACGCUCAGGUCAAAGCAGAUGGGCACAAAGUCUACGGAGCCAUUCUGGUGGCUGUAGAGCGGCUGCUGAAGAUGAAGGCCCAGGCGGCGGAGCCCAGCAGGGGCGGCUCCGGCGGCAGGGGCGGCCCCGGCGGCAGGGGCGGCCCCGGCGGCAGGGGCGGCCGGCGCCCGGACGACCUGCCCUGGGACAGCCUGCUCCUGCAGGGCUCUCCCUCCGGCGCUGGUGCGGAGCCAGGCUUCGGGUCUGGCCUCUCGCUGCCGCCAGGGGGCGCGGGGCCGGACGACCCUUCUCCUUCCGUGACCCUGGCCGACAUCUACCGGGAGCUCUACGCCUUCUUCGGUGACAGCUUGGCCACUCGCUUCGGCACCGGCCAGCCCGCGCCCACGGCCCCGCGGCCGCCCGGGGACAAGAAGGAGCCAGCGGCCGCCCCGGACUCUGUGCGGAAGAUGCCGCAGCUGACCGCCAGCGCGGUGGUUAGCCCCCAGGGCGACGAGAGCCCCCGGGGCGGCGGAGGCGGCGCUCCGUCGGCCCCGGCGCCCGCCGCCUCCGAGAACAGGCCGCUGCCGCGCGUGCACCGGGCGCGAGGGGCGCCCCGGCAGCAGGGCCCCGGCGCGGGCACCCGCGACGUCUUCCAGAAGAGCCGUUUCGCCCCGCGCGGCGCCCCGCACUUUCGGUUCAUCAUCGCCGGGCGGCAGGCCGGGAGGCGCUGCCGGGGGCGCCUCUUCCAGACUGCCUUCCCCGCGCCGUACGGGCCCAGCCCGGCCUCUCGCUACGUGCAGAAGCUGCCCAUGAUCGGCCGCACCGGCCGGCCGGCCCGCCGCUGGGCGCUGUCGGACUACUCGCUGUACCUGCCCCUCUGAGGGGAGCCGCCCCCGAUCGGGUGAAUAAAGCCCGCGCCCGGAA